CAGACAGACAAAAGACCCCACACAAUCUGCAGUGAGUCAGUUUUCCCAGGGCUACCGACGAGUUCGGUUGUGUUUUCCGCAGGAUCCACCACCCAUUGUUAUCAAUUGGCUAUCCUCUGUUCGCUCGAUUGACGCGGGAUCUGAACAUUCUUGAACGUUUCUUGAACUGUUGCGCGUUUGUGUGUUCGCAAAGAGCUCGCGUGAGUGAACGUGGUGCGGGGAGGAACGGACGGAGCAGUGUUUCAUCAUCCCCUCCCUCAGGAUCUCAUAUUUUCCGGGAGAUUUGUUGAUUUGACUUUUUUUUUUGCUUGUUCGGAUAGGAUUAAGUGAUACGGUAUUGUAGUACUGAUAAGAGUCUGAGAUAUCGGCAAUUGACUGGGACCGAAGGGUAGGAAAGUGGAGAAGAAGGAUUCAUAACGGUGGGAUUGGAAGCGAACGAAUGAACACAUAAAUCGUCAUUUGGCUCACGAAAGUUAGGCAAAAGUGAUUGAAUUACAGUGUGAAAGGAGCAAAAGGAUCUCAUUAGAUGUUCUUCGCUUAACAUCCGUUUAAUUUUGUGCGCAGGGUGAGUGUGUAUUUGUGUGUGCUUGUUAGUAACAGCUAUUGGGCUCCGAAGAGCCAGUGCAUAAAUAGGUUGUUAUCAAUUGGCCACUCGGAAGGCAAAAUAAGAAGACGGGCAGAACCGGAAAUUGAGAAAAGUUCCAGAAUUUAGCGAGAAAUCUUGGAGAAGUUGUCCGAAAAAACGCAAGGACACCACUGACAAUUUCCGAAUGACUAUACGGAAAACUUGAAAGGUUACCUCAAGUUUGAUGGAUUUCAAAUAUUUGCUGCAGAUGAAGAGCUAAGGAGAUCGUUCAACUUUUGCCACCGCACAGCAUCACAAACAGUAAACCGGAACCGUGAGAGAAUCUCCUUGCCGACGCAGCUUGGUCGGAACACCGAGAGAAGCCAAAAAAAACGAAAAGUUCUCUGAAGUGAAGCAUACAGUGGCAGUGAUAAUACAAAGGCACAUUUUCACUUGAAAUACUCCUCCUCCUCCUCCUCCUCCUCCUCCUUGAAAGGUAACAAUCACUUUGCUAUAGCCUCUGAGGAAUUCGAAGUCGAGUCACCACACAAACAACUGACCGGCGGCCAAAAUCAGGAAGGAAGCUGCCCACAGCCGCAGAAGUGUAAUUCCCCCGUUGCUCCUGGCUCGCCUUUUCCCGCCCCAAGAAGGCACAACGCACAUACGACAGCACACAUACACCCACACCCACACGUACGAGGAAGGACACAUCUCAGCUGCCAAGAUGAAGGGGCGACAUUUGAGAAGGCGAUUUAGCCUGCAGCCUUCGUUCAUGAAGGACGACAGCACGGAUGACAAACCAAAGCGAGAGAAGCCACUGAAAAUCGACGAAAAUUCGAUCAACACCAACGUGCGGCACAAAAUUGUCGUCAUGGGGGCGGCCAAGGUCGGCAAGAGCUCGCUCAUCACGCAGUUUCUCUACAGCACCUUCUCGCCCAAGUACAAACGCACCGUCGAGGAAAUGCACCACGGCCACUUUUCCGUUGGUGGCGUCAAUCUGACGCUGGACAUUCUGGACACAUCCGGAUCGUACGAGUUCCCUGCAAUGCGAGCGCUGUCCAUCUCAUCUGCCGACGCGUUCAUCCUGGUUUACGACAUCUCUGACAGUGUAACUUUCGAGGAGGUGAAAGCCAUCCGGGAGCAGAUCCACGAAAUUAAAGCCACCACCACGGUGCCGAUAGUGGUCGUAGGGAAUAAAACCGAUCUGGCAGACGAGGAUGAGGAUGUACGUCAGAUUCAACGCGACACAACCGAAUCGAUGAUUUCGGUCGACUGGGAGAACGGUUUCGUCGAAGCAUCGGCAAAGCUCAACAGAAACGUAGCGCAGAUAUUCAAGGAGCUACUCACCCAAGCAAAAAUCGUAUACAACCUGAGUCCAGCGCUGCGCCGGCGCCGACGUCAGUCACUGCCCCAGCAAACGAGCAGUAAUUCCGGCACCGGUCCAUCCACUCCUCAGCAGAGCACCCCAACAGCGGUCCAUGUGCCAUCGGCUGCCCAACUGGCACACCUGCAGCAGAUUCAGGAGAAAAGUCUCGGCGGAAAGCGAAACUCUUGCGUUUUGUCUUAAUAGCAGCAAAUCUUCGCACCUAGAACUUCCCUCUAAUAUUCACCUAAAUAUUUCACAAAUGAACUAGUCUCAAUCAAAUGAAAGUGAAGCAGGAGAGAGAGACUUCUUGCAGUCAUUUAAGAAAGAAGAUGUUUCUGUCAUCGUCGCAUGAAACCAAUCUAUAUCGAUUUGAUGUUUUCUAAUACAUAGUAUAAAAUUUUGUUACCAGCAAAUAUUCGAAGAUGAUAACUGUCAAAGUCCAAAAACACAAGCAUAGAAAUUUGUAAAGUAGCGAAACGGAAUAUUACGGGUACUCCAAGACAACAAACAAACAGAAAAUCUAAACGGCAUUGCUCGCAAUGAAGAUUGCGUUGAAACAAUGAAAAUAAAUCAUCAUUGCUAUGAAACGAAUAUUUUUUCUUCUUCUCUGAACUAUUUUUACAUGAAAAUGAACUAUACUGCAAUAAAUCAUUGAACUAGCACAUUUUUGGCUUUUACCGUUUGGACGCUUACAGUUUUUCAUCAUCAAUCAAUAUGUUUUCCACUAGAACAAUCAGAACAGAAUAAAAACAUCUCUAACAUCGGCAAAAUAAAACUAAAAUUUUCCGUAGAAAUGAAUAAAAAUGAAACAAGCAAAUAUAGGUAUUAAAUACGAUGCAAUGAACGUAGGCAAAGAUUACUAAAGUAAGGUAGAGAAGAUGUUUGAGGAACAUGAAGAGAUGAAAACACCACUAUAAAUGUUGUUAUUGUGAUGAAUUACAACAAUAACAGCCACGAGAAUCAAAUCAAAUAAAUUAUCAUAAACUGUUCGUUACAUAUUCUACCCAAACUAAAAACUCUUAAAUAGCUAUCGUAACAAAAGCAGCAAGUUACUUUGCAAUGUUUAUUAUGAAGAGAACACAGCGAAUGUGCUGAUUGAAUAUUGAAAAGGUAACGAAUGCAUUUGCUGGAAACCAAAACGAAAAACAAACAAAAAUCUCAUAGUCUAAUAAAUGUAGAGAAAUUGGAUGGGAGAAAACGUGCAAUGCAAGAAGAAAUUGAUAGAUACAAUAGAUAAUGAUAGUCUUUUUUGUGAAGAAGACAGAUAUUACUCUGUGUGGAAAAGAGAAUACAGCUUAUCAAAGUUUAAUUCAUAAGAGUUUGAUGGUAAAAUAAUAAAAAAAAAAUGAACGGUUAAGUAA